UAGGUUUUUUUUCUUUCCUCAGUGAAUGCACUGUAAAGCUGUUUUUUACCCUCGUAAAUUCUGUUAUUGAACGCAGCAGAAGACGGUCUCACUGAGCAUGCGCAAUGAAACGUUAACAUCUUAGCAUGACGGUGUUAGCUGCUGAAGAAAAUGUUCAAUUCCCACUUUUUUAUUUUAACGCUGAUUGAAUAUAUUUGAAUCACAGUAAAGCGGAUUUAUUACUUUACAAGAAGCUUUCAUAGAACCUUCUCCUUCAGACUGAGGAUGAGUAAAACGGACCUGUAGCUUGUUUUUAGCUCAUUUAGCAUUUAACGGGUUAUUAAACACAGCGGGUACAGAAAUGAUAAGGUUCGUGCUGAUGGUGAACCGUCAGGGUCAGACCAGGCUGUCCAGGUACUACACACCUGUAGACCUGAACCGCAGGGCAGCGCUGGAGGCAGACGUGGUCCGCUGCUGCCUGAACAGAAAGAAAGACCAGUGUUCGUUCGUUGAGUAUCAGGACUUUAAACUGGUUUAUCGUCAGUACGCUGCUCUUUACAUCGUGGUCGGCGUCUCAGAUGGAGAGAACGAGCUCUCCAUCUACGAGUUGGUUCAUAACUUUGUGGAGGUUUUGGACAAAUACUUCAGCCGCGUGAGUGAACUGGACAUCAUGUUUAAUCUGGAUCGAGUCCACAUCAUCUUGGACGAGAUGAUCCAGAACGGACACAUCGUGGAAACCAAUAAGAACCGGAUCCUGGCGCCACUCAGCGCCAUUGACAAGAUGGCCGACGGCUGAGGACAGACAGGAAGUGAUGUCACCGGUUGCGAUGAUGCUUCAUUGGUCAAAGGUGGAGCUGAGUCUGAACGAUGUCUUCAACUAAAAACCUGAAAUACUUGAGUUUGACAUUUGUUACUGUUCAUGUUUGUUUUCAUAAACUUUUGCACCUGAAACAAACAGGACACGUCAUCAUUUAAAGUGACUUAAAUUGAUCUGAAAAUUUGACAUGUUGAGUUUGAAGGCAUAUGAUUCAGAGUCUGAGGUUGUCACGGAAACAUUCGGUUCAUUAUAGUAAAAUUAAACUCAGAUCGAAGCUGAAACAUUGAACCGUUUUAAAUCUUUAUCGACAGUAAACAGGACAAACACGCACACUCGGUUCAGUUCAUACUUUGCAAACAUUUUAAUGAUUAUUUUUUUGGAGCAUACACAUUUGAAAAUAUCUGUUUACCUCAAACUGCAACUCGAGUUAAAUAAAUGUUUAUAAUAUACAAAGAAAAUACAAGGAGAGCAGAGCCUCGCACACAACCAGUGUUUGUUUUUGUCUCUAUAGCUUCAUCAGGAAAAACAAAAUGCACUCUGACCUUUGACCUUUCACAGACGGAGGUCGGUCGGACAGAGAGAAACAACCCAAAACAGUCUCACACACAGAAAAUAAAAUCAUGAAACUAAAGAAAAGGAGAAGAAAGAAGCGUGAUUGUUUGCUG